AUGCAAGCAGCGGCCGCUCUGAGCUCCAGCCAGAACGGUCCCACGGAAGCGCAAGGGGUUCUCGUCGGGCACCCUGUGCUCCAGGAGGCGCCCAUUGAGGCGUCUGUGGAGAGUCAGCUGGAGCAGCUAGCAAAACGGGAAGAUGUCACUGCAAGCCGCGUCUACUACGCUGCGAGAAGCGCAGUGGUGCACAUCAGUUCCAUGGAGUCGUUGCGAGCAGCGGCUCGUCGAGGAUUCCGGAAACUAUGGCCACCGUUUCCCUACGGCCCCGAGUCACCGGACGACGAGGACGAUACCGAGGACGAGGAUGCGUCGGCAGCACGUGCUGCCGAACCCUCUGAACCUGAGCCAAAGCGUGGACUCCCAGAGCCGCCUCUCGCUAGUCCACACGAACGUCCGGAGGAGGAAUGGAUCCUUCGGGGAACUGGAACAGGGUUCUGUUUCGACGCUGACCUCCACAUCGUCACCAAUGCGCACGUCGUUGCGGGCGCCUCACGGUACUGGGUACGGUUCAUCAGCGGUGAUCAGGUUCCAGCACAGGUGCUGGGCCUCGACUCAGAGCAUGAUAUUGCGGUUUUGCAACCGCGCUGGGAGGGCGCAUCCAGCGACCAGAGUGCCCCACUCCGUGAGCUAGCGGCGCUACCAUCCGAUGCACCACGAACGCUUUCCAACGCGGUGGCUAGCCGCUGGUCGCAGGGUGCGAACCUUACAGUGCGCAAGCGCCUCCUCGAAACCAUUCAACCGCUCCGUUUCGGUGACUCUACCAAGUUACUCGUGGGUCAGCGCGUAUUCGCGAUCGGAAACCCGUUUUCCCUAGAACACACGCUGACUGCCGGCAUCUUGUCGGGUGUCGGUCGUGAGGUUGCCUCCCGCCGAUCUGGAGGUAUUCCCAUGUUUGGACUCUUGCAGACCGAUGCUGCGCUCAAUGCCGGUAACUCGGGUGGUCCACUGCUCGACUCAAAUGGCUGUGUCAUUGGGAUGAACUGUGCGAUUGCGAGUCCUAGUGGAGCCUUUGCGGGUGUCGGGUUCGCGAUACCGAUUCAUACCGUUCGACGAGUUGCAGAGGAGAUCCUGACGCGUGGCCGCGCUUCUCGCCCGGGUCUGGGCGUCACUUUCGCGCCGACUGCACUCACGCGUCGACUGGGUAUUCGUCGCGGUGUGCUCAUUUUAAACGUGCUCCCAGAUGGACCAGCUGCAAGGGCGGGGCUGCGGCCCACCAGGCGGCUAGAGCGACUCUAUCUCGGUGAUGUGAUUCUCAGCGUCGAUAACCAUCCGGUGAACGACGCCGUUGAUGUGAUGCGCAUCCUGCAACAGAAACGCGUUGGUGACACAGUGAAACUCGCUGUGGCGAAUGCAUCUGAGAUACUCGCGCUGCAGGGCGGUACCCAAGCAUGGUCAGACAAGUUGCCACCGGCAAUGAACCGAGCGCAUCCAUCGCCUUCGGAGGAAGAGGCCAUUCGGGAAAAGUGGAAAGGGCUUCGGGUUCGUGAGGUUACCGUCCAGCUCGCAGACAUUCCGAGAAGAGCGUGGCGUAUCGCUUCGAAACUCUGA